AAAACCCAAAAACAAGAUGAUACUUGGGAUAAUGUUUGUGAAAAAGUUGAGAGUUGGUUCACAAAGUCAACAGACGAUAAAGAAGAUUCUCUUGAAACUACUUUACCAACUGUUGAAUUUGAGAAUCAAUUCUUUGUAAUUGAUCUGAAGUUUUACAUAAGAUACGAAGAAUAUGUUGAUGAUGUGAGGAGAGAAGAUACUAAAAA